AUGGUGCCUGAAGCUUCCCUAGCGACCGCUAGUUAUGUACUCAUUGAAGAGGAGAUCCCAGCUCUGGAUGAGACUGUUGUGACCGAUCCUGGCGAGACGCCUGACGAGACGCCUGACGAGACGCCUAUGCCUAAUUGGUCUCGUCGAGUCAUGAAGAAAUGGCGACGCAUAAUGAAGCAAUUCAGAACAGCAUCCCAGAAGAGUAUCAUAGCCAUUGAGCUCACUGAUGAUGGCGACCGAUUUAUCGAGUAUACAUGUAUGCGUUAUGUAUAUGAUGGAAAGGAAGAUCGAUUCCGUCCAGCGGCGGACUUGACUGAUAUCACACCGGCGGAAUCAGAAAGGCUGCUAGCCCUUGGUGGAUUAAACCAGACCGAAGCUAUCAGGAGGCGAGCCUUUAUCGGCCCUAAUGAGAUUGUUGUAGACGUGCCAUCGAUAUUCAAAUCCCUGAUUACUGAAUUCAGCAGCCUCUUUUAUGUGAUCCAGAGUAUGGGCGCGUGGACCUGCCUUGGUUAUAGUGCUUGGAAUAUAGGCGUCCUAUGGUUUCUCACAAUCAUUAUCACUGGUGGUGUAAAGGCGCUUUCCAUCGUUCGAAGGGGUCAAAAGAAGGUGGCGGAACUUGCUCAUCAUUCCACUAACGUCUCGGUCUUGAGAAACUCUGAGUGGUCGGUUAUACCUUCGUCUGAUGUCGCUCUCAGUGACAUUAUGAAAGUGGACGACGCAGAGAUCCCGUGCGAUGGGCAUAUCCUACUUGGUGCUGCUGUUGUUAACGAGUCUAUGCUCACUGGAGAGCCGAUGCCUGUACAAAAAAUCGCCGCGGAUUCGUCUGGCAGUGGCGAUACUUCCUUCACAUCAAAGAGUUUGAUCCAUGCAGGUACGCUUUGUAUGGAGUCUACUGGCCCAUAUGGGAAGGCUCUGAUGAUCGUCACGGCUGUUGGGGGCUCAACAACCAAGGGACAGCUCAUCAGGAUGGUCAUGUUCCCCCAAUCAGUGAGGUAA